UUGUAAUUUUCCCUCCUUUCGCGACGCCUUGCCGUCCCUUGUCUAGUCCUCGAAGCCCAAGCCACAAAUAAACACCUUUCCCUAUCGUCUAACCCGCGGCCUCGUCAUCGUUUGUCUCCGUCAUCAUAGCACAGUAGCUUACUACCUUCGACGCCGACUUUGUACUCGACGGCCACGGCCUUGGCCGAGGCCACGUCCCUGCUCACCACCGCGUUGUCUGCGUCCCGAUCCCGCCUAAUCCGACCCAUCGUUCUAUAACAGUCGUCGUAUCGUCGGGUUCGCAGCGGACCUUGGGCUUCGGUCGCGAUGAACGCCAUUCAACAGAAAUGCCGGCCUAAACACCAAGUCCUAGUUCUCAAAUGUUAUCCCCGGACCACCAAGGGCGCAGUCGAUAUUAAGCCCAACUCCAGCGAGCUCAGCUAUCUCCUUUUCUAUGCCACGUCACGACGCUCCAAGAUACAGAAGAUUGGCCAAUUCCUUGAGAAGAAGACGGCUAGCGAUGUCUGGAGGCUGCGUAUAGGCAAUGUUCAGGUCACUUUGCAGAUCUUAGCUGCCCUCAUUGAGAAGUCACCGAAAGACCUGCCUCUCUUCGCGCAAAAUGUCCUCAAAAUCUUCGGACUCAUCCUUCGCUCUAACGACAUCACCAUGGUAGAGGCCUCACUCCCAACGUUCGAGACUUUCUGUGAGCAUCAUGACGUGUCGUCGUUAUUUGCCGACCAGGCUUAUUUGCGUCAAUACGAAGAGGUAGUGCACGCAUAUGCAGCUUGCGCCUCGACUCGCGUGACACCCGGAAAAGGGACCCCUAGCAAAUCGGUGGCCCUUCGCUGGCGAAAUGCCGGUCUAGGAGCUAUCAAAAGUGUAGCAACUUCAGAUGCACUGUCGUCUGUAUCUGGACGUCAGCUUCAUGUUUUAGUCCCAGUGAUACUCGAGAAUCUCUGGACUGACGAUGAAGAUUUCCUGGAUGUCUUGCUACAGCGCGCCCAGAUGGAGGAGAAGGUCGACUCAAACGCGUUACUACGGCGUAGGACAAGCGUAUCAACCGUGAGGACAGCAGAGAAUGGUGGCGACACGAACCCUAUAGCCAUUUCCGGCACAUCCGGUGACAUUGACAAGUUAGCAGAGGAAGAUACAGGGGUGGCGGCAAUGCAAUGCUUGAAGCAGAUAUUCGUAAUGCCAAAUCGACCGCAGCUACAUGGAGCCACCACCGCAUUGCUGAAGUUCACCCAAGAACGUAUUUCCCAAAAAGAGGUAGUAGUCAAGUCUCAGCCUGACGGUAGCAGAGAUAGCGGUUGGGCAAUUAAAAUCUUUGAUUUAAUCACAAGAUGGGCGCCGGUGCAAGAUCGAUAUGCUAUCAUGGUUACGGCUAUGGAUGCAAUGCUGCAAAUUCAACCGUCUAGGGAUAGCAUUGAUGAGCUCACCGUUCUGGCAGCCAUUAUCGGCUCGCUUCUACGCUCGGACAUAAACUUGAUUGGCCUAAGCGUCAUCGAUGUUCUUCUGAGUCUGAUACAACAUAUGAAGCGGACACUGCGGUACUGUGCCGCCUCACGAGACGGUACUUCAUCUAGUGCGAGUCUCGAGGGUGAACUAGUAUCAGACAGCCGGGAGCAGGUUUAUCCCCAACAACGCACGCUGCUCGACCGUAUUCAACAAUGCAUGGGAGACCUUGCAACUCACGUAUACUAUGCUGACCAAAUCUCGGAUAUGAUCUCGGUGAUUUUGUCGCACUUGAAGCCACAUCCCAGUGCUCCAGAGUCAAAAACAACUGCCGAAAAACUUAGCACUCCACCUGGCCCAGGGGCAUCAUCGGGAAAUAUCUCAGAAGAACAAUUUCAACUGGAUAACUAUUUUGCCAAGGAUCUGGCGAAGGCAACUGCACUCAAAGCUAUACGAUCGAUCUUGAUGAUCGCCAACCCUAAGACGAAACUGAGUGGGAAUGUCAGUUUGAGAAGAAAUAAAGUCCCUAUCCAGGUAUGGGAGGGAUCUCACUGGCUCUUACGUGACCCUGAUGGACAGGUUCGCAAAACAUACGUGGAUGCAAUCAUCACUUGGCUGGACAGAGAAACUACACGAGCUGAUCUCAUAGCUCGAGACGAUUUGAGCCAUGAUUCUUCACGAGUGAACAACCGCGAAGGCCUUCCCGCAAAUGCUAACCGCAGAGCUGUGUCGAAUGCUUCAAACAGAGAGAAAUCCGCCAGGCGAUCAUACUUUCUCCUCCACCUACAUCUUGCUAUAUAUGACACUGCACUGCAAUAUAUUGAGUUCGAUACGGAUGUAGCUUUGCUCCAUAUCUUAUUGACGAAGCUCGUUACUCGAUUGGGGGUGAAUGCUACUAGAUUCGGUCUUCCUAUGGUUUUCAGACUCCAAGAAGAUAUACAAGAAGUCGAGACACCCUUGUCAAAAGUGCGCUUAGGCUGCUUAUGUCAUGGCUAUUUUUGGGCUGUGAGUGAGCAAUAUGACUUUGAAACUUCUGCUAUUGGCAGGACUAUCCAGAACGAAAUUGCGCGACGGCGGAGUAAGAGCUUUUGGGUUGAGGGAGUACACGUUCCACCUCCGUCACUCCAAUCUAUUGGGAUGCCAGGGAUACAAAGCCGAGAGCGCAAGAUAUCUAUUCACGAAAUCGAGUCGGAGGCGUUACUCCCAUUUGAUGAUCGCCUAACAAUGAUCGACUGUAUCUCUACCAAUUAUCGAGAUGGCCCUGUCUCUCCACCUGUGAGCCCUACUGGGUCACCCGGUCGAUCGUUCGCGAGCCCUAUCCUGACCUCAACGCUUAGCACAAUUCCCCCAGUUGACGGUCAUGAUGAGCUUCCAGCCAAAUUUAGAGAAGAGAUGUUGAUGGAAUGGAGUCGAGAAUCUGCUCUUACCACUAUCCAAGAAGGCAGUAAAUCCGCGUCGCUUAGUGGCUCUAAAACUGGGACGACGGCAACAAGGAAGAAUCGGCUUGCUGUUAACGGGCCUAUAACUAAUGGCCAUGGCACUAGUCGACCUGGUUCAGCCUAUGCUGGGCGUAAUAAUCUGCGACCGUCUUCAAACGCUGGCACGCAUGAAGCUGCUCGCAAAUCAAGCGUACAGAGUCGUAGUUCCGGAAAGAGCGGCUCCGUUCGAGGCGUUGUGGCAUCAGUUGAGCAGCUCAAAUCAGCACUGACUGGGGAUCCAACCAGGCCACAAACAAUUCAUACAGUCCACACAGUCCGAGAAGACGAUAAUAGUAGCGACAGUAUGGUUAGCUACGAGUUUUCGCCUUCGGAAGCCUCCUAUAGCCCUCAAGCGCUCGAUGGUAAUGAGACAAAUGAUGGAAACCAGUCUCGAACACGACCAAAAUCUCGUGAGAACAAAGCACUUGGUGACUCAGGUGGCCCUUUAACAUCUCAUCCCAUGGAUGUUAGUGACCACGACGAUGAUGAAGUGCCUCCGGUACCACCUCUCCCUGCCUCGUAUGUUGGAAAGUCUCCAGAACGAGAGACGGGGCUGGACCAGUCGUUACGAAUUUCACUCCAGGACCAUGGGGUCAAGACUCAGAAACGAAACAUCAAGAGUCGAGAGGGCGAGAAUGCCAACUCAAACGCAUUCGCCGAUACCAGUGUUAGCAAUGCCUUAGACCUUCAGUCACUGCUUAGGGGCAUUGAUAGCAAGUCUCGACAGAACACAAUUGGUAACCUUAGCAGGCCCCCUUACUAGUCAUAUAUACAUUUGCUGGGCGGGUUCCAGCGCCUUGGUGGACAUUAUGUCACACAAAAUCACACAAACUUUUAGAAAGCAAGUACAUAGAAGUCGCAGGACGGGGUUUCAACACAAUUUUAUUAUGGCUACAUAGUAUAAUUAUUUUGAUUUAGCGUAUACUAUAUGUAGUAUUUAGUGUAGAAAAAAAUACAGAGGCAGUUAAGGCUAUGUGGGCUUCAAUGAUUAACCUGAACCGAUUUUUU